GUUCUAAAACCCCACCAAAAGAAACUUGGCAAGAUAUCGAAGUAGAGCUGGAUGCAUUAUUUAACAAAAUUAAACCAGAUAUUGUCAAAUUUUCUAAAACUAAUUAUCAACCAUUUUCCACAUGUGCUCAUGGUUCAGUUCAAGUAUGUUUUAUGAAUAAGCAUCCCACUUUGCUUUUAUCAGAACUUCCAUCAAUAGGAGAAUGUGGAUGGACAAAAUACAGUGACAUCAAUCUGAAUAUUGGUUUUGGAUAUAUCUUGGGAACAUCAGGCUGUGGAAAAACUAGAACUGUCUUUGAAAUAUUAUGCAAGCACUUUGGCUUGUAUAUGGUUGCUGAACACCAAGGAAAUCUUGGAAAUGACAUUGCAAAACGAUACUAUGAACAAGGACUAUUAUCAAGAUAUAUUAUUCUAUUAAGGCUUUUGAAAUGUGGUUGUACUGAACCUUGUCAAUGGUUAUAUCUUCAGUUGUUUCCAUAUAUUGAUGGGAUUGGUGAUAUAUUUGUACAAACAAUGGAAAUCCUUCAGGCUGCUAAUUCUUUAGAUCUCUCAAACUAUCUUGAACAGUGUGAACAGACUCUUAUUGAGAUGACUAACCAAAGGAAGCUACCUAUUUUCUAUGAUGAAGCACAAAUUGAUGGCAAUGAAAUGGUGGAUAUGUUUUUAUCAAGUUUUCAACCACUUCCUAAUGAUGAAAACAAGAUUGAUAAAAAGGCUGAUCAAUCACAAAUCUAUUCAGAAUUGCGACCACUUCUGAGCAUUUCAGUGGAAACAUUUCUACGAUCAAAAGUUUGCCUAUAUCUAUGUGGUUCUGGUCUCUCAAUUACAAAUGCAAUGAAAAUCUUACAGUCAAAAAUUUCCAAGUUUUCUUUGGAACCUGAAAGAUAUGUCAACUUUGGUGGAUUUGAUGAUUAUGAAUCAUUUCAAACUUUUAUAAGACGUUUUAUUGGGGUUGGGGAGAUUGAUGAUCAUUCAUUAGAAGAUGCAUUUAUCUGGUUACGUGGACGAUUCAGGUUUACAACAUCAUACUUGGAACUAAUUUUUGGUGGCCUUGAGCAUACUUUAGCAUUACAAACAAUAAAGCAUGUUGUUGCCAAUAUAGAAAAUGAAGGUCCCACUCUUCCUGCCACUCUUUUCACCUCUGAUUAUUCUCUCAUUAAACCUCUUAAGGAUCUGAUGACAAAGAACCACCCUCGACCUGACUAUGUUGAUGGCGUAUCAGUUCUUCAACUAGUAGAAAAAGCUGUGCUUACAAAGUAUUUAACAGGUCUACCUGCUCUUUUUUCCAAUGAUAAGGAAAUGUACUUGAUGGAGAUUGGGUUUGCUCGUUUAAAAAAGCAUACUGUUUACACUUUGAAAGCUAUUGUUGAUGAACCACUUGCAGUUGUGGCUGGUUUAAAAUUUUUCAAUGAAAGUAAUGAUGUUGGGAAGUUUGUGAUAAAGCAAAUGACAUUGCAACACUAUAAUCCAUCAACAUGUGGAUUUCUAUGGGAACAGUACAUUCCACAGAAAUUAAAAGAUUCUAUAUUCAAUGAAAAAACACGAUUAUGUGAACAUCCUCUAUUUAAAGAUAUUAAGGAACUCCCAUCUUUUUAUUCUCUAACAGCAAGAAUUUUUGGUUUCACAAAUGAUGCAUCUUCUUCAGUAUUGUGUCAAAAAAGUAAUUCGCAAGUCAAGCUUUAUGACUUUCUCCUUUCAGUUGCUAAGAGAGAGUGUAAUGUUCCAUUUUUCAUUCCUGAUGACUAUGCUGGACCAGAUAUUGUGUUUUUUGUAGAGUUUUCAGAUGGGUCAAUGAUAAUGGUGUUGAUUCAGGUCAAGCUACGUUCAAAGCUUCACAACAAGGCUCAGGCAUUUGCAACAGUUGAACCAUCUUUGCUUUAUACAGCGAAGGAUAAUAAUAUACCAUCUGUGGAACAUGAGAAGGUGGUAAAGUUGAUAAAGGAGAAUGGAUGGGACAAAACAGUGUUGAAGAUUGUGAUUGCUUAUCCAGCAAAAUUUAAGUAUGUGAAUAAAGCAAUUGGACAUAGUUAUAAUACCAGAAGUAAUUCAAUGACUUCAACAAUCCAAAUUGUGAUUAAUCAAGAUAAUGCACAUCAUCUGUUUGAUGCAAAACAUUUACAUUUACUAGAUCAUAUAAAGAACCAUAUUGAGGAUUUUGAAGGAUGA